UUAAAGUGAGUGAUACUAACUAGAGUCUCGUUUUGUAAAGAGUGCCGGUUCACUGGUAUUUAUGUAUUUGGACUUAUUUUUGCAGUUCUGACUUUUAAUUGUUUAAGGUAUACAUGGAUAUAAUAGCACACUUAUAACAACUUUGACUGGAUAGACAAGAGUCGUAUACAAUAUUUAUUCUUUCGAUAUUGUUGACACGGAUAUAUAGAGUAUAUCCCUACAACUCACAGAACAAAGCCUUACAACAACAACAGCAGCAGCAGCAGUAGCAGCAACAAUAACAACAACAACAACAACAGAACUGGCAGCAACAAACAACAAAACCAACAACAAGUGAUAGCAAGAUUAAAACCAACAUUACUGGUACCUCUUCAUCGUGGGAAACCAGAGCACAGUAUUAGCAAAUGCUACUAUGAAUGAACAGAACGGUGUAUUUUUCAAUGAUUAAGACGAACAUUAUAACAGCUAUCUAUAUUUGAUAUAGAUGUGACAAGUCGACGUUCGCGAAAACCUGCUAAUAGAGUAAUCAUGAGACGAUGACAUUAUUGGAAGGUUUUUGUAUUCAUUGACAAGUAAGCGGCAACACUGCUCGAUCCCGUGGGAGCGCCGAGACGCUGAUGUUUUUGUUUAGCAGGGUGCGAAUGUGUUGUUAGUCGUUGCCGGUGUCCUUUAACCAAUGCAACUGGAAUUUUCAAGUCACGGCAAGCGUUUGGAUGGGCACAUAUAAGUUUAUAAACGCCGCAUGUGGAACUUCAUUCCUCAGAGUACGUCCACUCGUACAGACUGCUUGUACAAUCAUUGUGCUUCACCGUAUGUGUUUGUAACAAGGGUUGAUAAUAAUAUCAUUGUUGAAAAGCAAUUACAUUUGAUAUUUUGAAAUAACUCGGAGCCGGCACGUAUGUUGUAGCAUACAUAUUUGAGACUAUACCGUUAUUAAAUCGAAGAAUUGAACUGCACAUAACGUUGAGUUGCGCCUUCAAGUCGGACCUUGGUCCUUGGAUGCGACGCGGAUCUUUUAGCUGCCAUUUUCCCGUGCUAUGUGGACCAACUGUCUGCCUGUGCCGGACACCAUGGGCUUCGUACCACACGUGCAGAAUAUACCGGACUUUUCCCCGCCAGCCUCAUUCUCAGGCGGGAUGCCGGCCACCCAGCGCGAACUGUGUGCCGGAUGUUGCCGGCUUAUAGACGACCGGUUCCUGAUGCGCGUCGUGGAUCUUUCGUGGCACGAACACUGCCUCCAGUGUUCCGUGUGCCGCGCUCCGCUACAAGGCUCGUGCUUCGUCAAGGACCAGAAGUUGUUCUGUAGACACGAUUACGACAAAAUAUUCCGACCAAAGUGUAGCGCGUGUAUGCAGCAGAUCUGCCCGCCAAACCAGCUCGUGAUGCGCGCGCAUGACCACGUGUUCCACGUGCACUGCUUUCGUUGUAUGGCUUGUGGACAGCCGCUACAGAAAGGUGACGAAUUCGCAGUCCGCCACGGACAGAUCUUGUGCCGCAUUGACUUCGAGAAAGAGAUGGCUUUCAGCGCUUACAGCCCUAAAUGCGAUGACAGCGACAGUUACGACGACGAUAGCGACUCGGGGAAGCCACCGAAACGUCCACGGACUAUCCUGACAACGAGCCAGCGCCGGAAAUUCAAAUCGGCGUUCGAGAUGAACCCGAAGCCGUGCCGGAAGGUGCGCGAGUCACUGGCGGCGGAGACGGGCCUUAGCGUCCGGGUGGUGCAGGUCUGGUUCCAGAACCAGCGGGCUAAGGUAAAAAAGAUUGCCCGGCGACAGAACCAGGACGGCGGCAAGGGUAAAAAGGAGGGGUCUGGUGGAGAUGGGGCGGACAAGGUCAAGGUCAAAUCUCCCACCGAUAAGAAGGACGCCGACGACAGCGAGUCAGACAGCAGUUUUAUAGGCCAGUCAGAGACUAACGGCGUGACGACGAAGGGCGAGGCCCGGCUGUUCGGCGACCAGAUGGGCAACUUCGAUACAGAUCACUCAGAUUCUGCAUACUCUAGCACAAACACUGGCUCACAUGCCUACAGUAACGGGUCAAUGUUGGACGACAAGAUGGACUCCAUAGACCAACUGCUCGGCCAGGACGGACGGACCAUGUCGGGCUCAAAUACGCUCAUCAAUCCGAUUGAUAAACUUUAUUCCAUGCAGUCGUCGUAUUUCAACGCGGAAUAGGCUGAAAAUUGUUGGACUAUAUUGUGUGCGUAUGAAUUAAAGACAUUGAAACGAUUAGGUGUACCAAUGCGCACGCAUGCCUACCUGGCAUAACAAGUGUUUCCAGUAAGGAAUUUGGGAGGGAAUAAUUUCAAGAAGGACCUCAUUUAACUGGAGAACAUUCGGAAACUGAUUUACUUACUUCUAAAUCACUUGAAAUGUGCUAGAGAUGGUCCCAUGUUGAAGGAGGGGACAAAUAUCGUACAUCGUUUUGUUGUUAUGUGAUGUUAUUUAAGUCGUGUCGUAAGAGUGUCAUAUUUUGUACAAAGUGAUGUAGACUGUCUAGAGAAUCACGUACAGUUUUAAUCGACAUUGACCUUCACGAAGUUCAUUCCCAGAAGUUGUUUUUAAAUGUGGGUAAAAUUUCAAAUAUCAUUAUGUUAAAAAACGAGUGCAAUAUAAACAUUCAUGUUAUUGGAACGUUAGAACUGAGGUUUUGUGAACAUAUUUUGUUGUGUGGGCCAGUUUUUCUUGAAUUUUGAAACAGACGAGAUGUAUAUAGAAAGGAUCUAGCUAUCUUUCUUAAAUCAAGAGAAAGGCCGCUCUUGACUCUAGAACGAGAGGAAAAAUAAACUGGAAUCUUGUGAACAUAUUUUGUUGUGUGGGCCAGUGUUUCUUGAAUCUUGAAACAGACGAGAUGUUAUCAUGUAACUGUAGAAUGGAUCUGGGUAUCUUUCUUUAAACAAUAAAAAGGCCACUCUUGACACUAGAACAAGUGGCGUUUUCUAAGUAUCCCGACAUUCCCCAUACGAGUAUCGUGCAGGUCUGCUUUACUGACUUAGGUUUGUUUUAUUAUGUAUUUAUAUUAUUUAUUUUGGAGACGUUUAAGAUAUUAAAAUAUGCUAAAUGUG